AUGGUUUGGCAAAGUCCGGAUGAUCAACAACGAGGUUCUACUCAGUUCCAAAUUUUUGCAGAUUGUCCACCUCCUCAGUGUCUUCACAAAUUCCAUCCAAUUUGUGCUGCGGACGGAAACAUUUAUGUGAAUCCUUGCAUCAUGGAUCAUGUUGCCAAUUGUAUGGACAAGUCCCUUCAAGGGAUGAGAUGCGAAAAAAGUUCCGGGCCUUCGUUUCAGCUGUGCGCGGGUACGAAAAUCUCGAAAGGGAGACAGACGAUUCAAGACUGGACGAAUGGAGACAGAGGCUACUGGGCAACUGGCGGAGCAACAGGAGAGGCAGUGCUGGUCAGUCUGAACGCAGAUGAGGAUGAACGAACUGCUAGUAGUGCUUUUGAAUGGAAACAGCCUGAUCUGUUCAUACCGGUUAUGGAUUGGUUCCUUCAAAUGUUUCUGCUGCAAUUGGCAUGGGCCUACAUCCUCCUGUCCAAUCCAAACGGAUUACCUUCGACAAGCGCACAAUCUUCCACUUCGUACUCCAACGGGGUGUCAGAUGGUGGUACCUAUGAUGAUGGCAAAGCAACUGAUGACACCACAGAAUCUAGAGCACAUUCAUCAGAUGGUGGUACCUAUGAUGAUGGGAAAGCCACUGAUGACACCACAGAAUCUGGAGCACAUUCAUCAGAUGGUGGUACCUAUGAUGAUGGCAAAGCCACUGAAGACACCACAGAAGCUGGAGGCUCAACUGUUGGUUCCACCAUGGAUGAGGGUAAUUCAUCUGCUGAACCAACAAUUUCUCAAGCACAUUCAUCAGAUGGUGGUACCUAUGAUGAUGGAAAAGCCACAGACGACACCACAGAAUCUGGAGGACAUUCAUCAGAUGGUGGUACCUAUGAUGAUGGCAAAGCCACUGAUGACACCACAGAAUCUGGAGGCUCAACUGAUGGUUCCACCAUGGAUGAGAGCAAUUCAUCUGCUGAACCAACAAUUUCUCAAGCACAUUCAUCAGAUGGUGGUACCUAUGAUGAUGGAAAAGCCACAGACGACACCACAGAAUCUGGAGACAAGCACAUGGUCAAAAGUGAAACUGAACAGUCAAAUAUACAUCAAAAUAUGGUACCGGGUCAUCCGCCAGUCGGUCAAUUGACGGUUGCGCACCAGCCGGUUGUCAAGCGCCAGUCGGUCUAA